UACAAGUAAUACUACAUAUAUUACAAGUAAUACUACAUAUUUUACAAGUAAUACUACAUAUACUACUAGUUAUAUCACUUAUUUAUCACUGAUAGAAUACUCAACUUCUAUUUAAAUGAGAAGAAGGAAUAAGAAUAAGAGUGUAUUUGGUAUUUAAACUACAGCAUGUAGUCAAACAUUAAGUUCAAUUUCAAUUCACAUUUCAAUGACAGAAACACACUGGAUUCAUAAACUAAGAAUUCAACAGAAUGUGAACGUAUCCUUGCUUUUAUUUUGAAGAUAAUAUCCUGGCCCCGGAAGUUGGUACCUAUCGCUCUGUGCUGACCUGACCUACCUGUCUGUCGCUCCCUCAGGAACACACAGGCCCCGCCUUCCUGCACCGGAAACGCUCUGGAUACAUGACGUCACGAUGUGAUUGACAGGAGCCGGGACGGACUGGUACCGCCCCCAUCGCCCCCCUCCUUCCUCCCCGCGAGAGGUACACAGAGGGUCUGACAUCAUGGCUGUGACAUCAUCACACAGUGUACCACCACAUGUAUCCUCCACAGCUCCUGAGAAACACCUGUUUGAGCUGUACCAAUGUGACAUCAUCAGGAGAAUUGACCAAUCAGGAGAGAGCAUGAGGAGGGCGGGUCAGCGCUCUGUGUGACUGACAGCUGACAUCAUCAUGUGGUCUGAUCGAAAACUCCAGAACAGGAAAUGGACUCAACUAUUUUCACUGGAGGCUCAGAGGAUCUUCUUCCUCUGUGGUGCCUGAGGACUCCUGUCUGGGCUCACCUGUGCAGCCUCACCUGUACAGCCUCACCUGCUCUGCUUCUGAGGGACCAGGUGUGAGGUGUCCCCGUGUGUCCUGCUGAUGGUCCAGCUGGUGGACGGGGGGUUGAGAUCUCUCAGCUGAUCUGCUCCCGUCCUGAUUAUCUGUAAGCAGAUUAGCAGCGGAGGUUAACAGACGCCUCAGAACUCUUUUUCUCAGCAGGAAUAUUUCCUUCCUUUGUGUCGCUGCGGCAGGAUGGCGUCUGGACGGAGGGACAAGCGGCGAGCAGCCAGACGCCCGAACAGCCAACCAGGCUGGCUGUUGUGGAGUCGUGGAUCACAGUCAACAGAACCUAAAAUACCUCAGUAAGCUCCUUAUGAAGCUCUGCAGAGAGCAGCCAGCAGCCCCCUCUGAGAAGAGGCCCGGCCCGAACCAGAACCUGUCUCUGAACCUGUAUCUGAACCUGAAUCUGAACCUGAACUCUUCACGAGUCAGAGACAGGUGACGGGACAAACCAAUCAGAGUCUAGGUGUUGUUGACCUCAGAGAGGUGUGAAUGCAGCUGGUGGUCAUACGAGGCGCAGAACUUUAAGGCCCCGCCCCCUUUUGUCGGCCAUGUUUGCAGCUGCUUGGACGUGACACACAUCCAGACCACAGGACCGACAUGGCGGUGGGGAAGGUCACCUUUACCAAGGUUGAGAGAGAGAAGCUGGCUGAGGUCCUCUGGCUGCUCAACUGGAUCUCGGUGCUGACGGGGGCGACCCUCUUUGGCCUCGGCUUGUUCCUAAAAGUAGAGAUUCAGAAAUGGCAGGAAGUGAUGUCAGACCAGGGCAUCCUGUACGUUCCCCACACGCUGAUCACCACGGGCCUGGCAGCCUGCUGCAUCAACUUCCUGGGUGCGCAGAUCUGCCUGGACUGCACCGACACCAACAAGUUCCUGCGCUGGAAGCUGGUGAUGAUGCCGUACAUCGUCUGCACCUUCUGCUUCACCUCCUGCGUCCUGACGGGGGCGCUCAUGUGCUACAGCAUCCGCAGCCAGCUGGAGGACUCGCUGUACACGGGCCUGAGGAACGCCAUGCGCUACUAUAAGGACACGGACACUCCGGGCCGCUGCUACCUGAAGAGGACUGUGGAUUUGCUGCAGAUCCAGUUCCAGUGCUGUGGGAACACUGGGUACAGGGACUGGUUCCAGGUCCAGUGGAUCAGCAGCCGCUACCUGGACAUGACCAGCAGCAGUGUGGUGGACCGCCUGAGGAAUAACGUGGACGGGCGUUACCUGAUGGACAGCGUCCCCUUCAGCUGCUGCAGCACCUUGUCCCCGCGGCCCUGCAUCCAGCAGCAGCUCAGCAACAGCUCGGCCCACUUCAACUAUGACCAGCAGAGCCAGCAGCUGAACCUGUGGAGGAGGGGCUGCCGGCAGGCGCUGAUGGACCACUACACCGGCAUCAUGCAAUCCAUCGGCCUCACCGUGCUCCUCAUCUGGCUGUUUGAGCUGCUGGUUCUGACGGGGGUCCGGUACCUGCAGACGGCCAUGGAGAACGUUCUCCGACUGGGUGAUCCAGAAUCAGAAUCUGAUGGUUGGAUCCUGGAGAACAGUCUGGCGGAAACAGCUCGGUCUAACUUUAACGUCAUCAAGAACCUGGGGAAGUGUUACCAGGUCGACGACGACCCGAACAUCAAUGUGCCGACCGCCACCGCCCAGCAGGAGGUUCCAUCCCAGGAGGUCCAGAUCCCUGUGACCAGCUGACAUCCAGCUGGAGGAGUCUGACAGACCAGGAGCUGUUAAAUCUGGUCAGGAGGCUCUGCCGUAAGCCGGGCUGUCCUCUGAGACAUCGGACCGGCUCUCUGGUGGAAGUUCGCCUCCAAUGACCCGGAAACUGCCUGAGCACCGCCUGAGUGACACUUUCACUCUAAUGUUCUGUUCUGGACACGGCAGGGCGACUUCAGUCUGUCAAGAAGUAAAUUUAAACCUUCUGGUGUCUAAUUAUGAUGUUGAAGCUACAAAUCUGCAGCCAAGGUGCUAAGAGAGAUUUAUAUUAAUGAGUCCGUACGGGGAGAAGGAACCUGAAGAGAAACAGUUCAUCACAGAGUAGAUGGUAAACUGUUCUGUUUUACGAUCUGACAUGCUCACCGUCAUAAUGCUAACAUGCUAAUGAUUAGUAGCCAUAAUGUUCAGCAUGUCCACGGUCUUACUUGAUAUCUAUAGAGACUGAUCCAGAACCAUCCGCCCUAUAAACUGUUGUCAUGUUUCUGGACCUUCCUGCUUCCUGUUGUCAUCGUUUCGUGUUUGGUCACUUCCUGAUCUGAACUCGUGUUUUCUAUUGAUGUUAAACUGUUUGUUGUUUCUGUAGCCGUUUCUACCAAAUGAUAUUCAGGUCCAGGAUCCAGUCCAGGAUCCAGUCCAGGAUCCAGUUCUUGUGUGGCUAAAAAUCACGUUUUAAAGGAACAGUCCAACACAGCUCUUAGCCUAGUUAACAUUAAAGACUGAAGGCAGGAAUAAACUGUUAGCCUAGCUUAGCAUAAAGACUGACGCAGGAAUAAACUGUUAGCUUAUCGUAAUAAUGUUUUCUCUCUCUGUGUUUUAACUUUUAU